GGCGUUUGCAUGAGCACCAAGCAGCAUAUACCAAGCGACUAACAGCUGAUUUCACAUUGACGUCUUGUAGUCUUGUUUCUUUUUUCCAGUAACACGGAGAGUAACUGCAAUACUGAAAAUACGUUUACAGACGAAACGCAACAAAAGAUAACGGGUACAGUGAAUCAAUUCGGAUUCUUGAACAAAAUAAUAGGUGUGACGAUAAUACUGAGGUAUAGUGAAGAUCCAGAAGGAAAAAUGGUAUUGGCUCCGAGUUGACUCAUUUCUCAUUUGUCAACGAUCGUCAUUCCCACGCCAUAAUCUCCACUCUCUCUGUUAUAUACCAGAUCAUGUGAGCGUAAUUCACCAUGAAUCGCAAGUAUGUAAUUGCAGCGUUUUUGGUAACGCUGUUGUCAUCGAUAUCUUGCAGCGACAUAACGCGAGCGGUAUUCGGUGACGUGUUAGAUGGAAUGCCAGCGGCAUUUGGUGACUUCAAUUCGGAUGAGUUGACAGACGUCUUUGUGCUUCGAAAGGAGCGAAAAACACUUGAAAUUUUAUUGGCUUCGGACCAAGAGCCUCUCCUCCAACCAAAUGUGAAUUUGAGUUGUACGUUCAAGGAUUUUGUGACGAGCGUAGUGCCGGGGGAUUUCGAUGGGGAUGUUUUUAUGGAUGUUCUGGUGACGACAUUCAACAGAGAAACAAAAGCGAUGCGAGCUCAUAUUUUGUGGGGUGGCACUGGUCAGAUUAAUUGUCCUAACGAGACAGAUCCGAUGGUUGAAAUGCAUGGUCAACCAUUAACCGUGGAUUACAAUCAGGAUAUGAUAAUUGAUCUAUUUGGUUUGAACACCGAAGAUCAACGAACGUUCUGGAUAUUCAACAAAAAUCGAACUUCUCCAACAGCCAUACCGAUGGAGCCCAGUCAUGAGCUUCGUACUCUUCUUCCAAUAAGAAAGCCGCACGCUAAUGCUUUCCUUGAUCUGAACGCUGAUUUUCUCCCAGAUCUCGUUGUAACAACGAAAAAGUAUUUUGAAGUAUGGCGUGGAAUUUCAAACGGUUUUGUAUUCAAUCACACCAUAGAACUACCUUAUAACAUAACUAAUCGCACCUCGUUUCCUGGACACAUCGGCCAAUCGCUCUACCUCGACGUGGAGUUGACAGGGAAAAUAGAAUUAGUCUUGCCGAUUUGUACAACGGCUGAUUGCGAGUCGAGUGCCAUAAUGAUUCACAGUGACGGUGUUUGGCACAAUCUUGACAUUAAGUUCCAGGACAAUGAUCACGUUACGUGGGGCUUUGUACCGCACGACGCGAUCUCUCAUCUGUACACCGAUACCAUUACCCUUCGAGGUGGUGAUUUCAAUAUGGAUGGAUAUCCCGACUUAUUGGCAACUCUUCGAUCUCACCCUCGCAAUCCUGCAAACUCACAGACUAGAUCGUUUUUGCUACUCAACACACCGUGCAACACGUGCGGUGAUUUUAACCGCACUUUUCAAGUUCGAUGGAACGCUCUCAGUCCCUUCAACAACGAAAGCGUCAUGGCUGUUUUUUAUGAUUUUUAUCAAGAUGGAAUUCUUGAUGUUAUCCUCGUUGAAUUUGACAAAACCAACAACAAUUACAAAACAGCCGCUUUCAAAAACAGUCUCGACUAUGAUGCCAACUUCGUUAAAGUUAUGGUACUCACUGGUUUGACGAACAGCAAAUAUCCCAUUUCCCCUGGCACCUUGGGCAAGAAGAAACGAACUUACGGGACCAAUUUACCUGGUCCUUCCAUUGCGUAUAAAACUAUCACGCAAGAUGGCAGUCCAAGGAGUGCUAUUGCGGCACAACUACCACAGAGUGCUCACUUUUCACUUAAUUUACCAUACACGACUUUUGGCCUUGGCAGAACUCCUAACUUUAUUGAUACUUUAACCAUCGGGGUAUCCGGUAAGUUGCGAGAAUGGCCACAAAUAAUCCCGAACUCACAGAUGGUCGUGAUACCAAAUCCAAUCAGCGAGCCCACGAGAUGGAAGGCUCAGUUAUUCGUCACACCAAGCAAGCUUAUUUUACUGAGUGUCAUAGCACUUACAGCCACCUGCGGUUUAAUUGCCGUGAUAAUCAUCGGUCUUUAUUGGAAGGAAAGACGAGAGGAUAAAAUCGAGAGAUUACAAGAGGCGCACAGAUUCCACUUCGACGCUAUGUAGAUACCGUCAAUUUUGGUGACGUCUCAUUACUAUGGAACGUUAAUUUUCGGAGUGACUUGAGCGAGUCCUUGAGAAACAUGGUAACGAGGAAAUGAUUUGUAAUCCGGGAGAGUUGUCAAAUCUGGCCAGGUUUCCUCGGUCGGUGUUCCCAACAUUUUGAAUAUUCUUUUCAACUGAUCAUCCACAUCUGACCCCGGAAAUAGUGGUCUGCCUGCAUUCGCCAAUUCUACGAAAAGGGAUUAUUCAUUAAUCUUGGUAUUUCCACAAGUUUUCUGAAUGGCACCAAAUUUUAUCACAACAUCCAGAUAAAUGAAUACAAAGAUUGCUGUGAUAAUGGUUUUGACAAAAUUCGUGAACUGAAAAUGUCAAGCAUGGAAAAAAUCGAAAUGGAAGAAGCUAAUAAAAUAUUAAAAACAAAAAUACUUUGUUUUAAUCGUAGAGAUUAAGAAAGAAUUAUUUCCUAGCAAUUUUAGAUUAUAUCUGAAGCAACAUUUUUCAGCACAAAAAAUCCAGUUUAGAAUAAAAAUCAAUCUCACCAGCGAAUAUACAUCCCGCGCUCCACAUAUCUAUGGACGUUGUGUAAAGUUUUGCUCCAAAGAGAACAUCUGGCGGACGAUACCAGAGAGUGACAACCUCGGCUGAGUAACAUUUAACAGGUAUACCAAAAGCUCUAGCUAAGCCAAAAUCUGCCAAUUUCAACUCGCCGUUCUACCCAACAGAAAAAGAUGCACAGAAAAUAAUGAAUACCUCCACAAAUUGCCAAUAGAUUUACAUCUGAAUGUUAAGGUAACACAAACGGUUUUCUCACCUUGUUGAUAAGUAAAUUUUGUGGUUUGAGAUCUCUGUGUAACACAUUACGGCUGUGACAAAAAGCUAAGCCGCAAAGCAAUUGAUAC